AUUCUCUGGCGCUGGCUGCACAGCUUUUUUACUUUGCACCAUCUGCGCUUCUUUCCUUCCUCUCUUCCACAGCUGACAGUGAUCCGCAGCCUGGCAGCACUCUACCCGGGGCUCCUCCGCCAUGCCCCCCCGCAGCACCAUCAGCACCAGCUGGAUUGUAUGGAUCUUGUGUGUGUAAAGGUGCUGCUGUACAUUCAGCCUCCUGGACCAGCUUGCUUGGAUGAUUUUUUUUAUAGCUUUUGUUUUGAAAAGCAGCCUCUAAACCUGCCUGCCUGAGCGUUCACUGCUUGCGGCAGCUGCUGUAGUAGAGCAGGGAAGCCGUAUUGUGCUGGAUUUAACCCUCUUCCUGGGUUGCAGAAAGGGAAGGUUGCAGGAUCCUUCGAUCCCACCCCCUUCCUCUUUCCUGAGCUCUGAGGAGAGUCCUGGAUCUUUGCAGCAUCUGUGGUGCAUCAGAGUGGAAGCCAGCACUGGUAGCUACUGCAGCAAAGGAAGCCCUUGUCUCCGGAGGUUUGGGGGAGAGCAAUUGAACAUAAGAGGGUAGAUUUUGUUUCCAAGGGUCUUGACUUCAUUUCCCAGAGACUCCUUCCUUUCCUGCAUGACACGGAUCCCGCUCUGUGAUUCCGUCAGGCGAUGGCCAGGCAAUAAAGAUGUCAGUGUCCAGGCUGAAUGGUGUCAAUGGCUUUUUGGAGGACUCCAGGAUGGAGAUUGGGGACAUGGGGAGGAUCCUCAGGGGUUUGGAAAUUGGGACCGUACUGACCCUAUUCUACCAAAAAAAGUCCCAGAGGCCAGAGAGGAGGACGUUUCAGGUGAAGCUGGAGACCAGACAGAUCAUCUGGAGCCGGACGCCUGAGAAAGUGGAAGGAGACAUUGACAUUCGCGAGAUAAAAGAGAUCCGCCCAGGGAAGAAUUCGCGGGAUUUUGAACGCUACCCAGAAGACGCUCGGAAACUGGACUCCGCCAUGUGUUUCAUCGUCUUG